UCUCCGCCACCGGUUUCAGCUCCUGCACAGCACAUGUUGGCCGUCCCCGUCCGUGGAUGCAGCCGGACACAUGAGCCGCCAUUGUUUCCUGACGGUCCUUCCCACGCGCAGCCAAAGCACCCGUCGUCUUUCUUUCUUUCUUUCUUUCUUUCUUUCUUUCUUUCUAGUCGUGGAAAAGUAGGUAGGUGGGUAGAUAGGUGGCAGUCCUUCCUUUGCCGUCCUCUCCUCUCCUCCUAGCUAGAGCUCGCGCGAGAUAUCUCACUUCUCCUUUGCCUGUCCAUGUUCAUCUUGCCCGACUCGUGUCAUUUUCCGAUGGACGCCACAGCGGCCUGAGCAGGUAUGGUAUGGAAGCAGUUCCUCUGAGUUGCUGCAGCGCGUAGUCUGAGAGACAAGCAAGUACAGCAGCCAUGGGGGAGGUCGCGGCGGAGCUGUACACCCAGGAUGGCACCAUCGACAUCAAGGGCAACCCGGCCCUCAAGAGCAACACCGGCAACUGGCGAGCAUGCCCCUACAUCCUCGCGAACGAGUGCUGCGAGCGCCUUGCCUACUACGGCAUGAGCACCAACCUGGUCAACUUCAUGAAGGACCGGAUGGGCAUGGCCAACGCGGCGGCCGCCAACAACGUCACCAACUGGGGCGGCACCUGCUACAUCACCCCGCUCAUCGGCGCCUUCCUCGCCGACGCCUACCUCGGCCGCUUCUGGACCAUCGCCUCCUUCAUGAUCAUCUACAUCUUCGGCCUCGGCCUGCUCACCAUGGCCACCUCCGUGCACGGCCUCGUGCCCGCCUGCGCCUCCAAGGGCGUGUGCGACCCCACGCCGGGCCAGUCGGCGGCCGUCUUCAUCGCGCUCUACCUCAUCGCGCUCGGCACCGGCGGGAUCAAGCCCUGCGUCUCCUCCUUCGGGGCCGACCAGUUCGACGAGCACGACGACGUGGAGCGCAAGAGCAAGAGCUCCUUCUUCAACUGGUUCUACUUCUCCAUCAACAUCGGCGCGCUGGUGGCCUCGUCCGUGCUGGUGUACGUGCAGACGCAUGUGGGGUGGAGCUGGGGCUUCGGCAUCCCCGCCGUCGUCAUGGCCAUCGCCGUCGGCAGCUUCUUCGUCGGCACGCCGCUGUACCGCCACCAGCGCCCCGGCGGCAGCCCGCUCACCCGCAUCGCGCAGGUGCUCGUGGCCGCCACGCGCAAGCUCGGCGUCCCCGUCGACGGGUCGGCGCUGUACGAGACCGCGGACAGGGAGUCCGGCAUCGAGGGGAGCCGCAAGCUGGAGCACACGGGGCAGUUCAGGUUCCUCGACAAGGCGGCGGUGGAGACGCAGGCGGACAAGACGGCGGCCACCGGGCCGUCGCCGUGGCGGCUGUGCACGGUGACGCAGGUGGAGGAGCUCAAGAGCGUGGUGCGGCUGCUGCCCAUCUGGGCGAGCGGCAUCGUCUUCGCCACGGUGUACGGCCAGAUGAGCACCAUGUUCGUGCUACAGGGCAACACCCUGGACGCCUCCAUGGGUCCCAAGUUCAAGAUCCCCUCCGCCUCCCUCUCCAUCUUCGACACCCUCAGCGUCAUCGCCUGGGUGCCCGUCUACGACCGCAUCCUCGUCCCGGCAGUACGCUCCGUCACCGGCCGGCCCCGCGGCUUCACCCAGCUCCAGCGCAUGGGCAUCGGCCUCGUGGUCUCCAUGUUCGCCAUGCUCACCGCCGGCGUGCUCGAGCUCGUCCGCCUCCGCACCAUCGCGCAGCGCGGCCUCUACGGGGAGAAGGACGUGGUGCCCAUCUCCAUCUUCUGGCAGGUGCCGCAGUACUUCAUCAUCGGCGCCGCCGAGGUGUUCACCUUCGUGGGCCAGCUCGAGUUCUUCUACGACCAGGCGCCCGACGCCAUGAGGAGCAUGUGCUCCGCGCUCUCCCUCACCACCGUCGCCCUCGGGAACUACCUCAGCACGCUUCUCGUCACCGUCGUGGCCAAGCUCACCACCAGGGGAGGCAAGCAGGGGUGGAUCCCGGACAACCUCAACGUCGGCCACCUCGACUACUUCUUCUGGCUGCUCGCCGCGCUCAGCCUCCUCAACUUCGCCGUCUACCUCCUCAUCGCCAGCUGGUACACCUACAAGAAGACCGCCGGAGAUGACACAGACGCCAAAGCCAAAGGAGGAUCUGAUGAUGCACAUGACCAGUGAGUGACUCUGGCUGCAACAGUUCGUGUCUGAAUGCGUGCGUGUUUUCUUUUUCAAGAGACAUGACAGAAUAGAUUGUUGAAAGAAGAAGAAGAAGAAAGCAAGGAUCGAGACUUCAGAGUUCAGAUAGGUGAAAUUAAGGGAGGACAAUGAAAUGCGUGGUGUGAUUUGUGACUUCAAGAUUCAAGAGUGUUGCCUUGUUGAUUAAUAUACUAGUGUCUUGGAAAAAUUGGCAGAAAAAAGUUCAGAUGUUAUGUACUUUA